AUGGACACUAUUCCUCCCCAGUUAUGGACAGUUGCUCAUACGCUGGUGACUCGCAAUGAAACGAGUACGAAUUCAACCGCCUCCGAUUCAACCACCGAGUCCAGUCGGCCACCUGUGUACAAAGCGAUCGGCAUCACUCUUGCUGUCCUGUCAGGUCUGUUCAUCGGUGUAUCCUUCGUUUUGAAGAAGGUCGGACUUCUGAAGGCCAACGUAAAAUUCAAUGAGGAAGCGGGCGAAGGUUAUGGCUACCUGAAAAACUGGUAUUGGUGGGGUGGAAUGACCCUCAUGAUCAUUGGCGAAAUAUGCAACUUUGUUGCCUAUGCCUUCGUGGAUGCCAUCCUUGUCACACCUCUCGGUGCGCUGAGCGUUGUAGUUACAACAAUUCUCUCCGCCAUCUUUCUGAAGGAGCGUCUGAGUUUUGUUGGCAAAGUGGGCUGUUUCAACUGUAUCAUUGGGAGCAUUGUUAUCGUUCUCAAUGCUCCUGAGCAAAGCGCCGUUGCAGACAUUCAAGAAAUGCAGGAUUUCGUCAUCUCACCGGGCUUUCUGACCUAUGCUGGUGUCAUCAUUGUUGCGUGUACCUUUGUGGCUCUUUGGGCUGGCCCAAGGUAUGGGAAGAAGAGCAUGCUAGUAUACCUCAGUAUAUGCAGCUUGAUUGGCGGUUUGAGCGUCGUUGCCACUCAAGGCCUUGGGAGCGCAGUGGUUGCUCAAGCUUCUGGUGAACCCCAAUUCAAUCAGUGGUUCCUCUACGUCCUCUUGGUCUUUGUCGUUGCGACGCUAUUGACCGAAAUCAUAUACCUGAACAAAGCCUUGAACAUCUUCAAUGCGGCCCUGGUAACCCCGACCUAUUAUGUCAUCUUCACAAGCGCCACAAUCAUCACAUCUACCGUUCUCUUCCGAGGAUUCAAGGGGACCGCUGUCACGAUUACAACCGUCAUCAUGGGCUUUCUGCAAAUAUGUGCUGGUGUCGUGCUCUUGCAAAUGUCCAAGUCAGCCAAAGAUGUGCCCGAUGCCGCUGUCUUCAGGGGGGAUCUGAACCAGGUCAGGGAGAUCGCGGAGGUUGAACAGCCGGAGAGUGAGCCGAAGGCCGAUGCCAUUCGUGGCACAGCAGCCUUGAUCAGGAGAAUAUCUGUUUCACGGCAGAAGAUGGAACAAGAGGAGGCCAGAAGGUUCCGUGAAGACAAGAUGAAAGAUCAGCUGGAGCCUCUUCGCGAAAAUGAAAUUGUGGAAUGGGAUGGCCUUCGACGAAGAAAAACAGUCAUUGGUCAACCAGGUUCACCGGCUGCGCGGAGGAAGACUGUACAUCCUCCCUUGGGAAUGUCGCAUUUUCCUGACCCGAACGAAGAGGACAACGAACAAGGAACACCGGGACUCUUCGAAAGCCUGCGCAACCGUGCACAAAGCGUCAUCCGUCAUUCAACUCCCCACCCUCCACAUGAUGCGCCAGCUGAUGGUGUACGAAGUCCUGUACAUCCUCUUGCCUUGACCGAUAUCAAAGUUCAUGCCUCCAAGGCUGAAUCACCUAUCGUGCCUUACGGCCCUGGAAGCCUUGAGGAUGCUCAGGAACGGAUCUACGGCCUCCCUCCUGGAAAACGGAAGGAAGAGGACAGAAAGGUGGGAGUUGCGGCCGCUCAACCCUCGCCCAGAUCAAAGCCUCUACCAGCAAAACCAUCUCUGUCGCCGUGGUUAAAACCACCCCGAGAAGCUAGACGACAGUUCUCCUUCACUAAUUUCCUCCGCCCGAGCUCCCGCACCCCCGACAUCGAUCACAACAACGCUUCUAGACCAAUUCCCCAGGGCAGAACAAGCAGUGCCAGUCAUGAGCAAAAGCGUGCGAUGAAAAAUGCUUCGGAGGAGGAAAGAUUGGGUCUUGUCAAGGGUGAUUCCCACCUUGCAUUGCUGCAGCGUGAAUCGUCUCGUUCUCCUGAGCGCCCACAUGAGCCCGCACCUAAUAUCCACCCGAGUUCGCAUUCGCAAUCUACUUCCUUUUCUAGCGUUGAUGAUUACUAUCGUCACCAACACCCUUCUCCUUCUCGACGUUCUCAGUCAGAUUCUGACGAGGAUGAUGGUUGGCAGAUGACGAGCCCGCCGAACGAAGCAAUGUCGGAUUCACCGAUUCGAGAUCCGGCACCCGUGACAGUAAGCAGUCGACGAAGGCCCAGUCCCCCGAGGAUAUACGAGCCUCCUUCAGUCACGAGGAAUCCGCCCCUGAGCCAGAACGCGUUUCCUGGCACGAUGGUGGGAGGAGGACUGACACAGGCCAGAGCCACGCCAGUAGCGUGGGACCAUUCCCCGAAUUCAUCGACGAACCAGCUCCAGAGCCGCAAUCAGAAUCCAGGCCCUGGUUCGCGCCAGGAAGGUGGAGGGCGUCACCAAGUUCAAGCCUCGACGGACGCAGAACUGAUGGACAAUGAGACGGUUCAUUCAAUAACGCAGACAGAAGGUCUAGAGGAGUACGAAUCAAGCCGCAAACGCUUUGAAGAGCAAAGUAAAAGAGAAAGGGAAGAGAGGAGGCUCAGAGCCACAGGUCGACGCCAGAGUUGGAAGCCCGAUGCUCCAGAAGGAGGUGGAGGCAGUUUUAUCUGA